AUGCCAUUAAAAAAUUAUGGACAAAAAACUUGCGGAACGCCACCAUAUGUUCAAAAUAUCUGUUUCGAAAAUAAUGCUUGCAAGAUAAUAAAAGAAAGUAAAACUCCAAAGGUUUGCUCUGAUUGUAAAGAAAUGAGCGAUUCUGUCAAACUUAUUUCUAGUAAAACAAGUAAAACAGAAGAAGUAAUUGACGAUUUUUAUAAAAAUCCCAUAAGAAAGAGUAAGAUUAAUCAAUUUUCUAUCUUCGAUGCAAAAUUUAUUUUAAACAAUGUCCCUCGCGAAUUAGAAUACGAUUUAUCAAAUUUAUUUAGAAAAUUUACAUAA